CUUGUGUUACAGGUCGGUAAACAUACUUUGGUUAUCAAGUACAAUGAUCAACAUGUUCGAGGUAGCCCAUUUUUGAUCCAUGUGUCUAUGCCUCCCGAUCCAUCAAAGGUUCGAGUGUAUGGACCUGGAAUCGAGCAUGGUAUUCUCAGCUUGUUCAAGUCGAACUUUGUGGUCGAGACGAGAGGUGCAGGAGCUGGACAAUUGACGGUACGAGUCCGAGGUCCAAAAGGUGCAUUCAACGUGGAAAUGCAGAGAGAAAAGAAGAAUGAACGAACAAUCCAUUGUAAGUACGAGCCGAAGGAACCCGGUGAUUAUCAGGUAGAAGUGAAAUGGCACGGAGAACAUGUGCCUGGCAGCCCGUUCUUGGUGAUGAUCGUCGAUACCGAGCAGGAGCUUUCACGGUUCCUUCGAGGAGAAGCGCCAUCACCAACACCUGCCACUCCAUUCGUACCUCCUGGUUGGGUAGGACCACCGCCAUUGUUCCCACCACCAAUGGGACAACGUUACGGACCACCUAUGCCCAUGGGUCCAAUGGGCCCGAUUGGUCCACCACCACCUCCAGGUGCUAUGAUGCCGUUUAAUGCACCUCCUCCACCACGGCAUAAGGCUAAAUAUCACUGA